GAGGUGGGGCUUUUUUUUGUGCUGAAAACUUAUUCCGCUGCCCCCUCUCUGCACAAAGCCCAGUGUGCACACUAACUUAACGGUCUCAUCCACGCAGGGAGUGCGCAGCGCCUGCACGACGGAUCGUUCCACUUUGAAACUCGACUCCACGUUGCGUGCAACCAGCGUGUAAGACUUCCGUGGACUUUUUAUUCUUUAUUCUCCACCGAAUCCGGCGAAGUUGUUUUUCUCUCGCUGUGGCUCAUCCGAGCAAAUAGUCGCUCCCCGAGCACAAGUAGGGGGCACCAGUGAAGAGACGAGAAGAGGUCUGGACACUUCAUAGCACCAUGAGCAUGAAAACGGUGAACCUUGAUACCUACAGCCUGUCACUGCUCACGGCCAAGGAGGAUAUCCUCAACCAUCGCUCCUCCACCAACUGGGCUUUAUUCGUAUACGAAGGCCUCACCAACAAGCUGAAACUUGCUGACUCGGGGGUGGGCGGUGUUGCAGAGUUGUCCACCAAGUUCCACUCAUCUAAGCCACAAUAUGGACUGUGCAGAGUGGGAAGUGCAGACACGGGAGGCCCUCGCGUCGCUAUGAUUGUCUGGGUUGGUGAACAUGUGGAAGAAUACCGCAGGACGGAAUGCGCCGGACACAUUCCAGCCAUCAAACACUUCUUCAAGGAGGCGCACGUCUUCAUUAGUGCGCACAAAGCAGAUGACGUGACAGAGGAGAAGAUAAGCGCCGAGCUCAGCAAGACCCAAGCUCAUCCUCAGUGGGCCAAGAAGAGCUCCAGGAUCUCAGAAAAGGAGGAUUUAGUUGGUACAAACUACAGGAAGACCAAUGCUGCAAUGGAGAUGAGACUCAUCAACAGAGAUUCUUUUUGGGCACGUGCAGAGCGAGAGGAAGAACUGAGGAAAGAAGAGGAGAGGAGACGAGCUGUUGACGAGAGACGGCGGCUGGAAAGAGAGCGGGUUUUGAAGGAACGCAAGGAAUCGGAGGAGAGAGAUCGAAAAAUGAAUGAGAAACUACGCAUGAUAGAGGAGCAAAGACGAAAGCAGGCGGAACAAGAGGAGAAACUUCGUAGAAAGGAGAAAUUUCAAUGGGAACGACAGCAGAGAGAGCACGAGGAGGACAUGAGGGCUCGUCUGAAAAGGAGCGAAUCAAUAGAGAUGGCUGCUGAGGCGGCGGUGUUAGUGUCCCAGCGCUCCAUGAACCCGCGAGAGUUCUUCAGGCAGCUGUCGUCUUCGUCAUCCAAAAGUCCAACAAGCCCCGGAUCUUCACGUGCUGGCAAACCGUUCCGACGAUACCAGCGCAGCCUGACCGACACGGCUUUCAUCUUCUCGAAAGCAGAAGACAGCACGCCGUCCUCCCCGCUCAGAUCGCCUCUGGUUUCCCCCUUCCCCCGCGCCGCAUCUCCUCCCACCAGCCCCUUUUUCCGUCCUGCCGCCUCUCCUACCAGGACCAAAGUCUCGCCCGUGUCACCGGCCACGUCCCCAUUUGGCAACGCCCCGCCGAUUUCAACCGCAGCGCCUGCCGUGCCCCCUGCCAGCCGGCACCCUGUUGUUGAAACGGAAGCUCCGUCACCCGCAGAGCCCUCUGCGCCGCCGCCAACCUCCAUUCAUCUGGAAGCCUCCUCAUUCUUCGGCUUGCAAACAAGCAUCCCUACUGAGUCACUCCCCGGGGCUCUGCCAUCCUCACCCCCAAACACGCCGGUGCAGCCAGAGUUCUCCACGUUUUACUUCGAAGGUCCUCCUCCACAGCCGCCCUCAUCUCCUCUCCCCGAGAUACCGCAGUUUAACACGGACCUCCACGCAACCAUGUUUGUGCAUACCGACACUGGCUACAAGGCACAAGCCGUCCUGCUGGAAGUGGACGAGGAGGAAGAUGACGUCGAGGAGAUGGAUGAAGAGGAGGAUGAUGAAGAGGAGCAUGUAGAAGAUGUGCUGGUGAAUGAAGCGGAAGAGAAGAAGCAAGAAGAGGAAGCUGGUGUGCAAGAACAACCUUGUGCGUCCACUGAGGAACCAGCCCGGGUUGAGUCAGAGGAGCAGGUGAAGGAGGAGCAGAUGGUGCAGCAGGAGGAGGAAGAAGAAUCAGAGCAAGAAGUUGAGCAUGUGACCUCAGAGGACAAAACUGAGGAGGUGUGGGACAAUGAAGAGGAAGUCAAUGAAGAGAAAGAGCACAAUGACCAAUUUGAGGACAUUCACAGCCCAGAUCUUGGAGAUCUUUCGGAAAAGGACCAAACGCCCGAACCUCCAGACGAGGAGGGCAUUUGUCAAAGCAUCAAGCUUGAGACGGUGAUCCUACCAAGCAACGGGUUCACGCAUGAAGAAGAAGAAAAUGGCAUAGGGAGAUCUUUGAGCCCGUCCGAUGCUGAAAUCAGCUCACCGGAACUGAGCGGCUCUUACGACCUUCACAACGCAGCAGAGAGCGACGACAUCAACGAAGACAAUGAGAUAUCGGAAAAUGGACGAGAGGUACCCGUAUUAGCUGAGCAACAAAUAUGCGUCAGAGCUCUGUACGACUACCAAGCAGAGGACGAAUCCGAGAUCUCCUUUGAACCUGGUGACAUCAUCCGGGACGUGGAAACGGUGGAUAAAGCUUGGUGGAGGGGGUGGAGCAAAGAUGGACGCCAAGGCUUGUUCCCCGCCAAUUAUGUGGAGACCAUAUAGCACAUAGGCACGCUCGCACUCUCAGGGACGCCGUCAUCCCUUAAGACUGCACCUCUGUCUUUGGAUGAUUGUGUUGUCAAAAUAAAUAUACAAUAGUUUCACACAUUAAAUAUAACUCCACAAGCUCAUAACAAAACAAGCCGUUUUUACUGGGGACCAAAAUAACUUAUCUCCUCAGGAGUUACUGAAGGAAUGUUGGAAGGCGGGAUCACGCUACAUAAAAAUGACAAAUGAUCACAAACUUCCUUGUCACAAACACAGAUUUUGUUUUGUGUGUGUGUGUAUGUUUUCUUGUUGCGUCAAACAUAAAAAAAAAAAGCCUUGAGUUCUCAUUCCGAAAACUUACUUCACUGCUCAUAAUUAAACCGUAUAAUCAAGAUAUACACAUAGACCUCAACUUAUAAUCAUCUCCUCAACUUUCCCGAGACAUAUUUGUUCCUGAUAUUCUUUCAUUUCUUGAUUAACUGCCGCGGAACACAGCAGCAGAGUUGAAAGGCUCCGUGUUUGCUUCGUAUCAAUCUCGGAGACUAUACUGUGCUUUGUUGUCAUGGUGAUGUCUAUACUUAUAUUGUUUGAUUAAGUUGUCUUCUCUUGUUCCCCCCCUGGAUUUUAAUUAAGUCAUGUGACACAGCCACGAUACACAGAAAAACAUCUUCAGAUUUUAAUCGGCUUAAAUAUAAUUAUACCUUGUAUAUAAGAAUGUAUAGCAACAACAAAUAUCUCAUUUCCGGGGUUGUGUGUUAUAUGUUGUAUGGAUAUUUUCUUAUUUACGUGAAACUUACAAAAAUAGUCUCUUUAAACAAUUGGGUUAACAAUUGUAUGUUCCUCUACCAUCCUUUAUUAGAAGUGUAUAUUUUUCUGUAUCAAGCAAUAAUAACUUCAUUAAGGACACCCUGCAUUUGGACAAAUAAUUAUACACGUGAAAAUACAAAUUGGUUUGUGACUGGUGUGAAACAUUUUCAUACAGGAGUAAAUAUUGCAAGUCAAGAACAAAACAGUUAUUAAUAAAAACCUCUGUACAUA